CCCAUUUGAGAGAUAAGAGUGAGAAAGAAAGAGAGAGCAAGGGGAAGAGAGGCUUGGGGAAGGAAAAACAGAAGAAAAGAGAUGCCACAGCAGGACGAAGCUGGACCACGCUCUUGCCAGAACUUCAAAUUUCCGGAAAAGUAUAUCAAAGGCAUGCAUGGGACAUAAGGGAGAAACAGAAAUUCCUCAGAAGAUCUGGUGGUCAUAAAAGAGCCAGAGGAGCAGAGAGAGGUGAACUCUCCACACUUAUCUGCAGAAAGGGUUACCGCCACAGCCCUGCCCUCUCCACCGAAUCACAAGAUCAACAAGGACAAACCUGCUUUUUAACCCCUUGCCAAAACGACGUCCCCAAAGAGCGUGAAAGCGAGCUGAGCCCCAGGUUUCCGAGGUGUUACCACUGCUGUGUUCAUGGUGCUCCGCUGAGCUGCACCUGCAGAGCUCACGAAGUCCCAAACGAAUCCUCAACUACCCUGAACACUGAACUCUCCUGUGACGAUGGCUAAGGUCCGGAUCUCCCGACUGUGGGGCAUCUAUGUAACUUUCCUCUUUCCACUUCUCCCCUUUUGGCCCCGCUGGGGCCAGGGCAGCCCCAUCGUGGCCCCGGAGAUGGCCGAGAGCCGGCGGGGUUCCAUGGACUCCUUGCUGCUGGAGCAGCAUGAAGAUCUGGACAUGCAGAGCUUCUUGGAGACCUUGAGGGGACAGUUCCUGCGCACCUUCAACUUGUCAGGCAUGGGCCCACCACUGCAACCCAGGGGGUCUCGCGUGGAGCCACCGGAGUACAUGCUGGAGCUGUACAACCGAUUCGCCAGCGACCACACCGCCAUGCCUUCUGCCAACAUCAUCCGUAGCUUCAAGAAUGAAGACUCUUCCCCCGACAGCGUCGGGCUGGGUGGGGUGAGGAGACACCCUCUCCUGUUCAACGUGUCCAUCCCCCACCACGAGCGUGUCACUGCGGCACAGCUGCGGCUCUACACCUUGGUGCAGCGGGACCGGCGCCUCUAUGCUGGUGUUGAUCGCAAGGUAACCAUCUUCGAGGUGAGGGGAAAGCAGCAAGAAGCAGAGGGCCACAUGAAGGAGAGUGAAGGGCUAGGGGAGGAUGAGGAAGGAGAGCCGGUGAGAUGGGUGGAGCUGGCCUCACGGCAGGUCUAUGGCACAGACAGUGGCUGGGAGUCCUUCGAUCUGACUGCUGCCGUCCGGCAGUGGCACAAAUCGGAAUACAGCACCACCCACAGGCUGGAGGUACACAUUGCAAGUCUAAACACCCUGGGUGAAGUAGGACAUUUUGUAAGCAGAGAAGAUGCAGAAGGUGGGAUGUUAGGUGGAGACAUGGACAUUGACAUGAGCCCUGAGGCCAAACACAAGCCCUUGCUCAUUGUGUUCUCUGAUGAUCAGAGUGGAGAUCACCGUGGUGAUAAACGAGAGCUGAAUGAAAUGAUUGAACAUGAGAACCUAGGGGUGGGAGUUGAGGAAAACCUGGAGCUGGGUCUGAAUGAACUGUGGGGAGAUCAGCAUGGUGCAUCUGAAGAAGAGGAGGAAGACGAAGAGGCUCUUAUUCAGAUGAGAUCCAACCUCAUCUACGACACAGCAUCCAGGAUCCGGCGCAAUGCCAAAGGUAGCCAGUGCAAAAGGACGUCCCUGUAUGUCGAGUUCAAGGACAUUGGGUGGGACAGCUGGAUUUUGGCCCCCACUGGCUAUGAGGCUUAUGAGUGUAGUGGCACCUGCUCCUACCCACUAACGAAGCAUGUAACACCCACCAAACACGCCAUCGUCCAAACGCUGGUGAACCUCAAGAGCCCACAGAAGGUGUCACGGGCUUGCUGCGUACCCACCAAGCUGGACCCCAUCUCCCUGCUCUAUUUGGAUGACACGGGUGUGGUCACCUACAAGUACAAGUAUGAUGGCAUGGUGGUGGCAGAGUGUGGCUGCAGAUAGUCCCCCUAGUGGCCGGGAGGGCUUGUUAAAAUUGAGAGUGCAGUCUGUCAAAUGAUCCCAGUGACAAAGGAAAGGAAACCAGAUUAACUCCCACGUUAAAGACAACAGUCAUUACACAACAUCCAGCAUCUACAGGCAAUAACAACGAUACCAUUGGAAUUAGGAUCCUGUUCAGAGUCAAAACGAAGCAUUAAACCACAGUGUCUAGGUGACAGCAUGAGGGUAUUUCAGGAUCUGAGUAACUUAUCAUGUUUUUAAUGGUGAUUCAAACCUGCAAUAUGUGGGCCAGACACAGAGGGGGGAUAAGGUUUAAUUUAUGUGCGAGUUUACUGUUUGUAAAUGUGUAUAUUUUGUAUUUCAGGAACAAGAAUAUUUAAUUAUAAUGUACAGCAGGACAUUGUUAAUGUCAUUUAAUGAGUGACGAAAGCAGGAAGCAGGGAUUCAGGGACAGACAUAUGUAGAUGUGUAUUUCUGAUCAUAGUUCCAAGAGGUGUUUUGUUCAGGGCUGGAGUCUUACUUAGCAAGCGGACAGUAUCACCACUUUCCCAUUUUCAGCCAUCAAAGGUCUAAAGGAGUUGACGUCACUUUGUGUGUCCCUGGUAGGUUUGGAACAGGACAGGGGAGAAGAUAAUACCUUACAUGCAAAUGCGUGCUUUUCUGUGAGAGGUGAAUUUCAGCUAUUCUUAGAUUAUUAUGGACUAUUAUGGAGAUUAUUAAGGUAACGGACAGAAUGUGAAAGACCCAUCACACAAACAUGAAAGAUUUGACUUGGAGGAUCUCAAAGACUAAGGCCUACAGUUAGAUUUUUGAAACAUAAGUUUUUGUCCCAUAUGGUCAAUUUAUUCAUUAUAUUUGGACAUUUAUGAGAAAAUCCCAAAUUUGUUGUCUUUCAAACACUGGACUAAUCCAAUAUGGAUUUACACUCAAAAACAGGGGGACACACAGAGGCCAGUGACCUUUCAAAGGAGCGUGUGCUGGAGGUGUUGGGUCCCUUGGGGGGGGGUCCGCAGCAUCUUCAGCAUCUCUGAGCGUAAGCUGGACCGAGGACUGUUGACAGGAGCGGCCGAGGGAAUGGAAGGGGGAGCCCAGCGAAUGACUGGCUUUGCUCUGCCAACACGGGUCACUCUAUUUGUUCCUUCCGCUCCCCUUAUCGGCCAGUAGCCUGGAGCAGAGCACCAAUCAGCUCUGCGUGUCUCCAGCCGCACUGUUCCAGUGGGACUGACCUAAGAAUCCUCAACCAGACUGGACUGGAGUUCUCCGGUUUUUGCUUUCUGAGGGUUAUCUCUGCUGGCCAACUUCCCUGCCGACCCCAGGACCCCCCAAGCGUCACCCAAAGUCACAUGCCGCGCACGCCUCUCCACAGCGGACCGAUAAGAAGGUGUCAGCACAGAGAAACAUGUGGACUGUCGCCAGGACUGGACACCAUUCUGGGGGUGGGUGAGAGAGAAGACUGUCAACAUUCCUCAGUCUUAAGACUGAGCCCCAACAAGCUCCACCCUUCAUUCUGAAAAGCCCCCAGCACCCCCUCCCCCCCCCGCCGAAGGAGAACCUCCCCAUUACCCCUGGCCCUUUCUCCCGCUACCCGAUCCCUCACUUUUAAGGAAAUGAUGCUCAGCGUUCCUUAUCGCUGUCAGCCUGUCGGAUAAGGGGUCGCGUCCCCCAGUGGGUCCCGCCCCUCCCCCACUCCCCCAGACUGGGUCUCAAGGAGAAACUUGUGACAAACUUCCAGAGUAGCGUCCAGCGAGACCCUCUUCUUUGUUGAUGUUGCUGGAUUCACUUGUAAUUUUCAGAACUCCGGAAUUCCUGAAAUACAAAAUCAGAGUUUCCAGUCUAGCUGUUUCCGUGCUGCUUCAGUAAAUAAAGAUCCUAUUUAUUGAUUAAUUUAUUGACUGUGACAAAUAGGUGCAUAUGUAAAACAAUAUAUGUAAACAUAGUGAACAUUAUUAAAAUCACGUAAAUUGUG